AUGGAAAAUCAAAUAGACCCGCCACAACCACCAAUAAAUCUACAAGAAUUUUUACAAAACUAUCGUCAUAAAUUGAAAAUCGAAGCGGUCGAAGACAAACCAGAGUAUAUAUCGGCAGGAGUGAAGGCUAGUUGUUCUUUAGAUCUGAUAGCACUUCCUGAUGAUAACCCUAUCAAUGCGUUCCAACUGGGCUCUGAAAUUCAUCGUGCAAAUACCCUGCAACCCAAUCCAGAUCUGCCAGUUCCAAAGACCUACACAGCCAUCCAAGACCACAAGGCUAAAUCUCGUCACAGUGCCUUUAGUCGCAGUCAAUUCAGCCACCGAUUAGUGGCUCCACCAUCAAGCUCUUUUCCCGAAGUGCUUCCACCCAAAGAUUACGACUUGGAGUUAACUGUACGUUGCUACCGACCACCUCGUGCCCAUCAUCGUGGCUUUAAACUAGAGAUUCCUGUGUUUUCCGAGGAAUUCAUUUGCUUGGGAAGCAACUAUCUCACCGAAUUGCGCGACAAAAUCUCCUGCAUUUGCAAUGGACGGCGGUUCGUGGACAUCAGCGAGGACCCAGAUGGUUCACUUCCUUCUCUCGAUACAAAUCCGGGUUACUUUUUUAUUAAUCGCACAUUUUACAAUGAUUUGCGAAAUCCUCACAAUUGUGAUUACUCGUCAACGGUCCGCAAAUGGGCAGCUACUGCUCACGGCAUACAAGACGAAGACUUCACGGUAGGGCGAAUGGAGAACACUCGAUUCAUAGAUUUAACUGUUAGCUUAGGGGCGCCCUUACAAUAUCUGCAUCAUGGUAAUUGUGAACACCUAUUUGUUAUUAGCCAAGUGGAAGUCUUACGAACAUCUUGCGAUCGCAGUCAAUAUCCAUAUUUGCGUUCUUUUAACACUUAUAACCGACGCACAUGCUAUAUGUGUGGACGGCACGGCUACCAUUUCAUCGUGGAACAGUCGCGCAGACAACUACAUGACCCAUCCUACUUGUGUAGGACUUGCUUCUUUAGUUUUAACUACGUGGAUGGACAGAAAGUGGGCGAAUUUAAGGCAUAUCGGAUAUACGAUAGCAACUCUGAGGCGGCAACUGGCGAAACACAUCCGGGUUUAGAGGUUGAGACAAUGGGUGGAGAUGAGACCAAACAAGAGGAGUUCACCGAUUAUACUGAGGAAGAAAUGUUUGAUUUGGAUUUAAUUAAUCUAUCUAGCAGUAAGGAAAACUAAAUUACUAAUUUUUUACAAUGUUUGAAAAAAGUGGAAUCUAUACAUUCAGUUAUAUACAUUAAUUUCUAAAAUCCUUGGCGAAGAAAUAUCUUUGAACUUAUAUUAAAAGUAAGCUAACUAUAAA